AUGGACAGAACGUGGUAUAGUGAAGCAGUAACCACGGCUAAGCACUUCAUAAGACAUAGUACCCAGCUGCUCUCCCAAAAACUACACCCAAACUUUGUCCAAACGUUAUCGUCAUCUUCUCUCGUCGACAGUGUUGCCACAAAUCAUCCACUGGACAACUCAGAUUUUGAAAGGAAAUGUCAAGCACAUCGCCAUAUUGGAUUCAUAAAGGUUCACAAAGCUGGGAGCAGCAGUGUGACAAAUAUUCUGUAUCGAUUCGGAAUGGCUAACAACCUUACGUUUGUACUUCCUCGACGUGAUGUGACGGUGACAUCGAUGCAAACUUCAAACUGGAGAAACAUACUUCCUCCUCCUCGCGGUAAACAGUUCGACAUUCUCUGUAGUCAUGCCGUAUACGUCAGAGCAGAAUUGACAAAACUACUUCCGGCGGACACGUUUUACAUUGCAAUUAUAAGACAGCCGUUUAGUCAUCUAGCAUCAUCUAUUUAUUACUAUUACAGAAGCAAAAUUCCUGGCCCAGGAAAAGUCAAAACGUAUCUGAAGAAUCCGUAUUAUUAUUCAAAUGUUGUGUUCAAUAAUUACUUACGGUCUUUCACGAACAAUUCUAUGUCUUAUGAACUUGGGCUUACGCAGAAGCAUGUCCGUGACAAAGGUAAAAUACAGACGUUUCUGAAGGCGGUGGAUGCUGAUUUUGGCUUGAUUCUGAUCAUGGAAUUAAUGGAUGAGUCGUUGGUUCUCCUCAGAAGAUAUCUGUGUUUGGAGUUUAAAGACAUUCUGUACAUCCCCAGGAACAAAAAUAACCUGAAACCACCGACAGGGAACAUAUCCGCCAGCCUCAGACAAAAGCACGUGGAGACAGACAUGGCUGAUUACAUGUUAUACGACUUCUUUUCCAAGAAGCUUCAAAAUCGGAUGACCGCGGCAGGGAAGGACUUUAUGCAAGAAGUGCGCGUGUUCAAGUCUGUCCUCACACAACUGAGGCAGUUCUGUUCUGGUCUCCACUCGCCAGAAGUGUCACAGUUGCACGUGACUAGCAAUCCGUGGAGCCGAAGCUUUAACAUUUCUCUCGACGAUUGUAAACUGUACCUGUUCAAUGGGAUUGAGAUUCUGAACUAUGUGAAACAUUACCAAUAUCCUGAUAGGUUUUAG